GAGGCUCCCUCUCUCCGCCCUCGCCCGGGCCUACGCCUCCCGAGCGAGCCCCAAAGAGAAAAAAAAAAAGUUCCUUUCACAAGGGCCCUGCGGUUCCCAUAACGGAGACAGCUGAUCUUCAGAGCCCUGUGGCAGAGUUGGUUCCAUUCAGGACUAUGGCUACAGCCCUUGGCCUGCAGCUCCAAUCUCCACUGGAACAGGAAGACAUCCUUAUUGUGAAGGUGGAAGAAGAUUUCCCUUGGGAAGAGGAGGCACCUUUGCAAAGGAAUGAUCCCAGUCCUGAGACCUUCCGUCAGCUCUUUAGGCUGUUUUGCUAUCAGGAGGUGGCUGGACCCCGGGAGGCUCUCAGCCGCCUCUGGGAGCUCUGUUGUCGGUGGCUGCGGCCAGAGUUGCGUACGAAGGAGCAGAUCCUGGAGCUAUUGGUGCUGGAGCAGUUCCUGACAGUUUUGCCAGGGGAGAUCCAGACUUGGGUACGGGAACAGCAUCCAGAGAGUGGUGAGGAGGCAGUGGUCCUGGUCGAGGGUUUGCAGAGAGAGCCCAGGAAACAGAGGCUACGGGGAACCGUGCAGCAAGAGGCGAGGUCCCAAGAGGAGGGAGCGCAGAACUCCUGCCCCGGACCAAAGGAACUACCCAACCAUAGAUCUAAAAAGAAUCUCCAACUUCGACCAAAGAGAGGUUCACCUGCCUCCCAGGUUUCUGCCCUCUUCAGUGAGGAGAGUACUAGAGAACAGGAAACAGCAACUGCAUUAAUCUCUGCCUGGUCCCAGAUGCCAGUGACGUUUGAGGACAUGACUAUGUACCUCUCCCAGGAGGAAUGGGGGCGCCUGGAUCCAGUUCAAAGAGAACACUAUAGGGAUGUCCUGCAGGAAAAAUAUGGGUUUCCUGUUCCCAAACCAAAUCUGAUUACCCAACUGGAUCAAAGGGAACGACUGUGGACCUCGAGUCUACAAGCUUUCAAGGAGAGGAAUAUUCCAAGAUAUAAUCACACAGGAUAUGAGAUCAAAAUUGAGAAUGAAGAAGAUUCCAGGGAGGAUUCUGCCAUGAACAUGGAGUUCUGUAGAACCCUGGCAGGGAAAUCCAGGGAACAUGGUCUUCAGUUAGCUUGUCAGGGACAGGCUUGUGUGAUUCGGUCAGAAUGGCAUCAGGGCUACCCACUAGUGGAGAGAGAGAGCCAAACUUCUGUUCAGGAAAAGGAUAUAGGUCUUCAGAGAGCCUGUAUAGUAGAGAAACCCUAUAAAUGCCUUGAAUGUGGCAAAAGCUUUAACAAAAGUUCUCAUUUGAUCAAACAUCAGAGAACCCACACAGGGGAGAAACCCUACAAGUGUCUUGUAUGUGGAAAGGGCUUCAGUGACCGCUCCAAUUUCAGUACCCACCAGAGAAUUCAUACUGGAGAAAAACCCUACAAAUGUAAUGAAUGUGGGAAGUGCUUCAGCCAGAGCUCAAGCCUUGUCAUACACCGAAGAACCCACACUGGAGAGAGACCCUAUAAAUGUGAAGAAUGUGGGAAAAGCUUCAAUAACAGCUCUCAUUUCAGUGCACACCGGAGAACCCACACGGGCGAGAAACCCUAUAUGUGCCAGAAUUGUGGGAAAAGCUUUCGUCGGGGCACUGACCUUAAUAAACAUCAGAGAAUCCAUACAGGAGAGAGGCCCUAUAAAUGUGAGGUGUGCGGGAAAAGCUUCACACGGAAACACCAACUUGUAACACAUCAGGAGAUUCAUGCAGGGGAGAGUCAUGUUCACUGACCGAGGUUUGGAGUCAUCUUCCACUGAAGCUCGGCUUUUCAGAGAUGCCUGGUGGUGGGAGGUGGGAAUUUUGAACAAUAUACAGCUGUCCUCUUGUUUGAAGGAUAUUUGUUUUCAGGAUUUUGAACUUUACAAUAUUGAUUAAGACAAAACCAUUAACUUAGAGGAUGUUUAGACUUGAACACGUUAUGGGCUAUCAAGGGGCAGCUACUACCAUGGCACAUCACAGGCUGAUUCUGUUACAGAUACCCAGGAAGCUUUGUGAGGGUAAAAGAUUUCUGACUGGGAAAAUGUUGCAGAAAUAUACCUUGUAUUUCCGCAUACUGCGUGCCUCAGGCCUCACCACCGUUCUGGUCCUUUUUGCCAACCGUUUUCAACUCGGUCUAUUGAACUUUUUGCCAUAAGAAUAUAUCUCUGAUGUUCUAGUGGAAGUUGUUGAGAAAGUAGAAUUUACUUUAUAGAAAUGUGUUUUGUUGCCAGUCCUGCUAGAAUACAUUUAUUCUAUAGAGUGAUAUUUUUCAUGUGCAGAUAGGUAAGAGAGAUCACUCUUACAUGCUGGCACAUCACCUGCCCUGCUUAGCAAGCUCAAAACUUUCCUUUUUCAAUUGUUCCUGUUGAAUCUGAGAGCCUGGAGUCAAGGACUGUUUUCUAUUCUUAGCUCUGGGUUUAUCCACGAGUUUUUAGGGGUUUUUUGUUUUGUUUGUUUUUGUUUGGUUUUUUUUUAUG